CUGAGAAGUGAAUCGUGUUUUUACCUACGUCUCGAAAGCGGCGGCUUUAAGGUUACCGAAAAAUGUGGUAGAAAAGGGUUGUGGGAGGGGGCCAAGCUUUGGAAAUACAGGACGAAAACACGGCUAAGCAGAGAGGGCGUCGAUAUUAUGUCAUAUUAUGAGCUCUCACUGUCUGCGCUCACAGAAAACAGCCAAUCGGACGUCCUUCCUUCGAUUUACUUACUAAUAAAGUUUCCUUCCUGGGGAGACUGGGCAUCAGUUUACCAUGUUCCAGCCUAUUAGUGUGCAUUCGUAGGCAUCUCUAUAGUGUCCUUACUUCCAGUAGUGUAAGUGUAUACACUGCGAAUGUGCAGACUCUGUCACAAGUUCUUUUUGCAAUGCAGGGAGCCGAAACCAGGCGUGUCUUUUAGUACAAAAUAGACUUAGGGGUACUUGUCCUGCGAAGGAGGGCUUCUGUGGUCCUCGUACUGAGAUCUGAAGCUGCACACAGGUGUGUCCCUGAGUGUCGACGGAGAUGAGCCGCUGUGUGCUACUGCGGCUGUGUGCUGGAGAGCCGUUCCGGGCCCUGAGACCCCCAGGGCCCAUGAGUGGCUGCCCCAUGCGCCACGUCGCCUACGCUCACCGCAUAAGCCACAGCCUGAGGGAGAGCUACCGCCUGCUGCAGCUCCCUGAAGGUGUGGAACCAAGCCAUACCCAGGUGAGGGAGGCUUACCACCGCCUGGCCAAGCUCUACCACCCCGACUCGGGGGUACCUACGGCAGAUGCUGUUGUUUUCUCCCGAAUCGAAGAGGCCUACAGAACGGUUAUGGCCCACUUGGCAAGGCAUCAGAAAGCCUGGCAACAAACCAAAGGUGUUGGUGAGGCGGAGGAGGAUGAUAAAAUGAGAAGGCAGUCUCCCCAGCACCGACAGUACCUCAGUUACGAGGGCGUGGGCUUUGGCACGCCCAGCCAGCGUGAGAAGCAGUAUCGACAGUUCCGCAUGGACCGGGCUACGGAGCAGGUGCUGGAGUACAGGAGACGAGGAUUUGAGGGGGCAGCGGCGAACGACGAGGGUGCUAUGGUGACGCGGGACAUGCGCAGGCGCAGCCGUCAGGUCAAGAUCACUCAGGCUGUAGAACGGCUGGUGGAGGACCUCAUCCAGGAGUCCAUGGCUCGGGGAGACUUCUGCAACCUCCAGGGCUCUGGCAAGCCCCUUAAAAAGUUUGAUCACAACCCAUACGCAGACCCCAUGACCCACAACCUCAACCGCAUCCUUAUAGACAAUGGCUACCAGCCACAGUGGAUCGUGGCACACAAGGAGAUCCGGGAAACGGCAGACAAGCUGCGGACAAGGCUCUUGGAGUCCAGAGGGAAAAUGGGGGAUCCUCCGAGUGCAGCAGAAGAGGUUGAGUGGGAACAGUGUUGCCAGAUCUUCAGCAAAGAGCUGGUACAGCUCAAUAAGAAGGUGGACAGUUUCAACCUGAUCGUGCCCCUGCUCAGCAGGCAGAUGGUCCACUUCAGCCUCCAACGAGAGCUGGACCGGACCGUGAGACUCGACCGCGAGAGGAGAAUUGAGAGACAGAGGAAGCGAGAGAUGGAGCAAGAGAAAAGGAAGCAAAGUGAGAGCACUGGGAUGUCCCAGAAAUCCAGUCCAGGACUCUUUUCUUGGGUACAAAAUCUUCUCAGAUAAUCAUGUCUUUAUUUGCACAUUCAUACACUGGUAAGAUUUGCACUGAGAAAAUGUGGUUUCUUGCAGUUUCUGGCACCUUGCUAUUUGUUUUCAGAGGAAUUGUUGUGUUCCAGUUGCAGAUUUGAAAAUAUGGUUUUUCUUUACACAAGCCCCAUUUCCGGAAAAGCGGGGAUAAUUUCCUAAAAUGCAAUAAAAACACAAAUCUGCAAUUUGUUUAUUUAAUAUUGUUAAUUUCUUCGACUGACAGAAGUACAAAGAAAUUACUUAAUGUUUUGGGUGACCAACUUUAUUGUAUUUUGUAAAUACGUAUAAACAAAUUUAGAAUUUGAUGCUUGCAACACACUGAAAAAAGUUUUUUAUAGAGGCAAAAUAAGAGUGAAAAGUUAAUAGAAUAUUCAAGUAACACCAUUUUGGAAGAUUCCACAAUAAGCAGGUUAAUUGGUAACAGGUGAGGGAAUCACAGGGCGCGGUGGGUUGGUCCAGGUCCUGCU